UUAAAUUUGUGUUGUUGUCCACCUUUAUUAUCCAACCAUUUCCUCUACCACUUCUUUACUUUUUGCCAACGUCAACUCUCUCAUUAAUGCUCUUCUCUCUCUAAAUUAAGCUUCCAAUCUGAAAUGGAGAAAACCCAAGAAAUUGCAGUUACUCAGAUGAGAAGAUCAGCUGAAAAGCUUGGUUCUUCAACUCAGAAUUAUGGUGAUACAACUAUAAUGAGAUUCUUGAUUGCAAGGUCAAUGGACCCAGAAAAGGCAGCAAAGAUGUUUGUGCAGUGGCAGAAAUGGAGGGCUGCAUUUGUUCCGGACGGGUCUAUUCCGGAGUCUGAAGUGGAAGAUGAAUUAGAAGCAAGGAAGGCAUAUCUGCAGGGUUUAACAAAAGAUGGAUAUCCAGUAGUGCUUGUCAAAGCAAACAAGCAUUGUCCAUCUAAGGAUCAACUCCAAUUCAAGAAGUUCGUGGUUCAUUUGCUAGACAAAACAAUUGCAAGUGGAUUCAAAGGAAGAGAAAUAGGAAAUGAGAAGUUGAUUGCCAUUUUCGAUCUGCAGCAAGUGACAUAUAGGAACGUUGAUCCUCGUGGCUUAAUCAUUGCGUUCCAAUUUUUGCAGGCUUACUAUCCUGAGCGUUUAGCAAAGGUCUAUAUGUUACAUAUGCCGCGAUUCUUUGUAGCUAUUUGGAGGAUGAUUUCUCGCUUCCUUGAGAAGGCGACACUUGAAAAGGUCGUUAUAGUGAGCAACGAAGAAGAAAGAACAAAUUUUAUAAAGGAAAUUGGCGAAGAAGUGUUGCCAGAAGAGUAUGGUGGUCAAGCAAAGCUUGUUGCUGCUCAAGAUGCUAUAAUGCCUCAAUUGGAUGGUUAAUCUGAACAUAAGGUGAACAAGGUGUCUGGCUGCUAAUAGAGAUGCAAAUAUUUUAAAUUAUUAGUUGUUUGUUGUUGAGUAUUAGCUUAAAUCAAGUACAUAUAU